AGCUCGAGAUAUCGCCCUGCUUUCGUCUUUCCACUCGACGAUAUGGCUACCAUUCACAGCUCUUCUAGGCUGACUAACCCAGAGUACCAGCACGCAGACCCAGAGAAGACCGUUCCUGCCACGGAGGAGCACAAGUCUUUGGACAAGUAUGACGAGACGACGUCGGAAGACGCCCAGGACGAAAACCCGCUCGCGCAGUUCAGCAAAGACGAGAUCAAGUGGGCGUGGCGCAAAGUCGACAUGCAUGUCCUUCCUGUCGCAGUUCUGCUCUAUCUCAGCUCCUACAUCGACCGUGCGAACAUAGGAAACGCCAGGGUCCUCGGGCUGGCCGCUGCGCUCAAUCUGAGCUCGAACCAGUACAACCUCGCGGUGUCGAUCUUCUUCGUCGGCUACGUCGUCUUUGAGACGCCGUCCAACAUUAUCAUCAAGCGGACCAGCCCUCGCUGGUACAUCCCGGUCAUGACUAUCAUCUGGGGCGUGAUUUGCUGCCUGACGUCGCUGGUCAAGUCCUCGGCCGGUCUGUCCACAGCCAGAUUCUUCCUCGGUCUCGCGGAGGCUGGCUUCCUGCCGGGUAUCGUCUUCUGGAGUAAGGAUUUGGCUG